AUGUCGCUAGAGAUAAAUAUGGAUGCUAAUACCCAACCUGACCGGGUACGCAAGCGUCGCCGCCGCACAAUGGCGUGCACACAAUGUCGUAAUCGCAAAUUGAGAUGUGAUCGCGAAUAUCCCACAUGCAGUCGCUGUCUGAAAAGCAGAACUCCGAGCAAAUGCACAUAUGAGGAUGGCUUCUUAUGGCAACAACCCACUACUGUGGCCACGACUGCAUUUGCGUCCGACCGAGGGCCCACUGCACCUGUGCAAGCUGAUCGCACCCCCGUUGAAACUCCCCCGGAUUCGGGGAUGGCAACGGUAUCAACUCGGUCGGAGCUAUUCCCAACCAGUGGACCUACUCCGAGUCACCCCAUGCAUCACAGUCACCACGGUCUUUCGGGUCAUGCUCUUGCGCCACCUUUCAGAGGUCGCCCACCUGGUAAAGAGCGACGCGACUGCUUUUUGGAGACUGUUCUCGGUGCUCCCAAGGCGGCCGUCAAUCAGGAACCUUAUGUGAACUCGGGCUUGCUGCAGCGCCUGAAGCGCCCUGCGCCGGAGUCCGACAUGCAAUCCUCAUCGCGGGUCGAUGAGGAUCACCUCUAUGAGGAAGAAGAAUUCUUAUCGCCGUCGCAUCAGCUUGAUCUCUCUCCUUGUAUGAUGAUGAGAGGCCGUGAAACGAAGACUCGUUUCAGCGGGUCGGGAAUCUUCGCGAACCUCCUAGCGCAGUUCCCGGAUAUUAAAUCUUUUGCGGAAGAGAUCAAGAUGUCAAAUCCGAUUAUAUCGCAGCUUCGACCUGAUCUCGAAAAGGUGAAGCGUGGCCUCUGGAAACGCAAGCCGCUCAAUACACCCUUCCCUGAUCCAACGACAGCGUCACUGGUUGAGAUGCUACCUUCACGCGGGGUAGUAGAUGAGCUAAUCAGCUUGUAUCUAACUUACAUCGAGUCAACCCACCGAAUUCUCCAUGUUCCAUCUUUCUUACGUGAGGUUGACGAGUUCUGGGCUAUGUUAGAUAGUCCCGGCUCUCUCUCUGCGGGCUUCGCAGUUCAAUUGCUGUUGGUUCUUGCCUGCGCAUGGAAUCUUGCGGACUUUACUAGUCUCCAGUCAAAGAAUGUUUCCGAGCUCAAGUGUUACACGGCGAUUGAAUGGGUGCUCCACGCCGAGAGAUGGAUUGAGAAUUUGCACAACAAGCGUCCGGAGAUCAACUCGAUGAGACUCUCCAUUCUCUUGAUAUUGGCACGGAACAGUCACGGAAUGAAACGUAGUCAAGCCUGGUUCGCAACGGGUACUCUUGUGAAGCAGGCGAUGAUGGCAGGAUAUCACCGUGACCCGAGCAGAUAUUCGCGGAUCUCUAUAUUCAACAAAGAGAUGAGGCGGCGAAUUUGGAACACAAUAGUUGAAUUGGACCUCCAGAUUGCCCUCGAUCGGGGUAUGCCACCCUCGGUGCAGAGUUUUGAUUUUGAUGCAUCUCCAGCGUUGAACAUCCAUGAUGAUGAGCUCAACGAAAAUACUACCGAAGUUCCCGAAAGUCGGCCACCGGGCGAAGUCACAGACACCUCUUUCCAAUCCAUCUUGAGCCAAUCACUACCGCUUCGUCUUCAAGCUUGCUCCCUAAUGCACUCUCCGCGGAUUAAUUGUCGAUACGAGGAUAUACAGCGCCUGGACUGGGAACUCAACCGAUACCUUGCUCGGAUUCCUUCUUGGGUGACCACAGAACCUCACAACAUUGUAACCCAGCAUAAAGUCAUUCUGUGGAAGUCCUUGAUUGAAAGCAAACUCGCACAGUCCCUGCUAUCAAUUCACACCCCUUUUGCCAUCGAAGCACGACGAGAAGCCCUCUUUGCCCCUUCGGCGCGAUCUCGCAUGGACGCUGCAAUCCGGAUAUUGUCAACCCAGCGACGGAUGCACGAAACCUCACGGUCCCUCUCGCUGUGCACGCUUGGGGAAUGGACUAUACAUGCUUAUAUCUCCAUUUGCCAGUUGCUGCACUCGACACAAUCUGACAACAGUGCCCCAUUUUAUCCCACGUCAUCAACCUCCCUUGUCCAUAAUCUACCCGGUUUCCCAGAAUCUCUCCUCUCGCUUGUAGAAACGGCCCUGAUCUCACUUGAAGAACGAUCCUUGUUAGUGACAAAGGGAGCAAAGGACUACUUCUUCCUUUCAACAAUUGUUGCUCUAGUCAAAGCCCGAAUUUGGCCAGCGCAAGCAAUCGUAUACAAGCAGCAGGUGGUCGAACGGAUCCUAGCAUUUGCACAGGCUCUGUUCUCCCGGCACACUGGCUGCGAGCAUCUUGGUCCGCACGGGAUGGGCAACUUCAAAAACAAUCAGGUGGCUGCAUUCACAGCAACCCCAACGAUGGUACCUGUUAUGCCGACAGAGUUUGAUCCCAAUGGAAUGUUACCGCCGCCGCACCUAGGCGUCACUCCGCCUGGCGAAUUUGACCCUUUCUUGGAGAUAUUCGAUUGGGAGGAUCUGACAGGCAUGACACUCCCCUGUUGA